UGUUUCUCCAUUCUCAUAUACUUCAUUAGUUUAUCGUCUCUCUCUCUCUCUCUCUUCUACCUGAGAAUUUAAUUUGUAAUCAUGGAGCUUAGCUUUAAGCACCACAUUGGCCUUGUUUGUAUCAUACUGCUCUUUCCUGCACUGUGUUACUGCCAGGAAUAUACUAAAUCCAGAGCAACCUUUUAUAGUACCUCUGAUGGCUAUGGGACUCCAACGGGAGCUUGUGGAUUUGGAGAAUAUGGAAGGAAGAUGAAUUGGUAUGAUGGAAGCGUCGCAGGAGUCUCUGGGCUAUGGAGGAAUGGAGUUGGCUGUGGGACAUGCUAUCAGGUAAAGUGCCUUAUAGAAAACCUAUGCGAUGAGAAUGGAGCAUACCUGGCGGCAACAGACCAGGGUUACGGGGACAACACAGACUUCGUGAUGAGCCCACGCGCCUUCACACAACUGGGACAUGAUGAGAAUGCUUACGAAGAACUUAAGAAAUACGGUACAGUGGAUAUUGAAUACAGAAGGGUUCCGUGUAGCUACACCGGCAACGUGGUGUUCUAUAUCAAGGAAAGUAGCAGCAACCCUGGUUACUUUGCUGUGGUAAUUCUGAAUGUGAACGGAAUAAACGAUGUCACUGCGGUUGAAUUGUGGCAGUCUGGAGAAUGGAAGGCACUUAACAGAAACUAUGGAGCAGUGUUUGACUUUGCUAACCCUCCGAGUGGGGAAAUCAGGUUGAGGUUUAAGGUGAGUGGCAUGUCCGAUUGGGUGGACCCCAGGAUUGUCAUUCCUAGUUACUGGCAGCCCGGAAGCACUUAUGUCACCGAGGUUCAGCUUAAAUAGAAACCACAAUCUUAACAACAUAUGUUGCAAAUAAUUGGCACUGUUAUUCAGGUGUCACUCGAUGUUCUUGGAAAGGGAUUACAAUAAAGGGAGAUUCCUGUACUUCUCAGUUAAGAUUACAUGUAAUAUGAAUGAAAUAAAUGUGUUUGUUUCGGAUAAUUAUAACAUGUUUUAUUAA